AUGAUGAUGAUGAUGGGGGAGAGAGAGAGUGGUCGGAGUUGCCAGAAUAACGAGGCGCUCGGGUUCGGGACUGGAACUGGAACUGAUAGCGCGACUAAUGGAGUUGGAGGACGUACUGGGAUCGUGGUUUUCAACAACUCCAACGAGGCGAAUCUGUCGACGAAGAUGCCGGUUUUAGGGGGAUGUUUUGGGGAGAAUAAAAUUCAGAGGAAGAAAAGAAUGGCAAGUGAUUCAUGUGCUAUUAGAUGCUUGCUAUGUGCAAAUGUUCACCCCCUUCAAAAGUUUCAGGUUGUUGAUCCAAGGAGGUUGAGGUUUUUAUUCCAGAAGCAGCUUCAGAAUAGUGAUGUAAGCACUCUGCGGAGGAUGGUGUUACCAAAGAAAGCAGCUGAGUCUCACCUCCCGCAUCUAGAAACUAAGGAGGGAAUUUUUAUCAGCAUGGAUGAUAUGGAUGGGAUGCAUGUGUGGAACUUCAAAUACAGGUUCUGGCCUAACAACAACAGCCGGAUGUAUGUACUAGAAAACACUGGGGACUUUGUGACUGCUCAUCGCUUGCAGGUUGGGGACUUCAUCAUGGUCUACCAAGACAUUAUUAACCUUAACUAUGUGAUUCAGGCCAAGAAUUCUUCACCGCAGGAGAUAUACAACGAGUAUACAACUAAUACAGUAACUGAUUACUUUCAAGUGAAUAAUUUCGAGAUUAACAGGUACAAUCAAUUGAGCUGGAAUAACGACCCAGCAGUAAACAUGGAGGAUAACAAUAAUGCUUGCAUGUCAUUUGUUUAUGACACCACCAGCAUUGCAAAUGACUCCCCUUUCGAUUUUCUUGGUGGGUCGACUACUAGCUACUACUCAAGGAUGGGAGGCCAGGGCUUUGACAACUUCGGAUCUGUUGACAAUUUAACCCUCGACGACUUCUAUUGAAGUUUACGUCUAAUUGUGGAAUUUACUUCGACUAGCCGGAAACAUAGACGGUGUUUGUCUUCUCUUUGUAAUAGCAGGGUCAAACAGUGUCAUUUUCUUUUUCUUUUUUUUGCUGGGUAAACUUACCUUCCUGCUGCUUUUUUUUUUGUUUGACAAAAUGUAGCUAUAAAUAAAGGGAUUGAAAAGGAAAAAGAAAAA